GCCAAGCUGUUUUCUAACAAAUUUGCGAGCCAAAGGGAGAUCAAGCGCACAGCAACUGAGCUGAUGCAGGUUAACCAGAAGGAAGGGGAGUCUUUGAGGGAUUACAUGCAGCGGUUCAACAAAGCCACAUUAGACAUUGAUAAUAUCCCAGAUACGAUCUGCUUGUCCGCCCUGCUACAUGGGUUGAAGCGUGGCCGGUUCCUAGACGACCUGCUGGAGAAUCCACCGAAGACGUGGAACGAAGUGAAUGACAGGUCAGCCAGCUUCAUACUGUCAGAGGACUUUCAGUCGUCCAAGCGACGAGCUGAUGAUAAGCCGAGCAGAGGACAAGAUCAACAACCGAGAAGAGAAGAAAAGAAGAAGCAGAAGGUCGGUGAGCAAUGGGGGAAACCAGCUGAGUUCCCGAAAUAUGCCAGUUACAUUCCCUUGACCUUGCCUAGGUCUCAAAUCCUGGCACAAAUUCAGCACUGGGUUAGGAGACCUCCACCCCCAUUGCAUGAUUCCCCGAGGGCAGAUAAGAGCAAGCACUGCGAUUACCACCGUGUAUAUGGUCACAAUACAGAGGACUGCCAACAUUUGAAGGAUGAGUUAGAGUUUUUGGCUCGUAACGGGAAGCUAGAAGGGUAUGUUCAGAAGCCUCACACCCAGCAACCUACUCAUACUCAUUUUGUGCAGGCGUAUGACCGACCUCAAGGACAGAGAUACCAGCAUGGUGGGACACAGGAUGCAUAUCAGGAUAACCAGUAUCCUACUGAACAGAACAGAGUCUACCGAGGACGUCCUUUCAACAGGAGAGGGCAGGGACCGAGAACUACCGCCCCGAAUCAAAAAGACAGGAAAGGGAAGAUGCAGCUAAAUCCGAGCUCGCUUCAGAAGCAUGAAGGACCAAUAUACGGGUUUGAUAACCAGCCCGUCCCAGUUGAAGGAGUUGUUACCCUCCCUAUAUAUGUGGGCUCAGAACCACGCUUCAGGAUGGCUUCCGUCACCUUCCUGGUCGUUAAGAUGGAAUCAGCUUUCAAUGCUAUACUGGGAAGAGCCACACUGUGCGAGCUGAAGGCUGUGAUCUCGCAGCCCCACCUCUGUAUGAAGUUCCCAACUCCUCAGGGGGUAGGGGUGCUGAAAGGAAAUCAGAAGAUGGCUAGAGCCUGUUAUCAAGACACGUUCAGGAAAGUCGAGCUCGCUGCAGCCCCAGCGAGUGUUGAAGGUCGAAAGCCAACCCAGCAUGGUCAGCAGACGAUGAGCAUAUCAGAUAUUGAGCAUCGACCUGAGAGCGUCGAGCAGAAGGCAGAGCCAGUAGAGCCAGUAGAAACGGUGCCUUUGAACCCGGAUGUGCCCGAAAGGACAGUGAAGAUCGGCACUAAACUUACAGGCAAAGAGCGGGCAGAACUUCUAGAAUUCUUGAGGAAUAAUCAGGAUGUGUUUGCAUGGACUACGGACGAGAUGCCCGGCAUUCCGGCAGAGUUAACAGUCCACAAGCUCAGCACAGACCCCACCAGGAGGCCGGUGGUACAGAAGCGUCGCCUUUUUGGCCCUGAGAAGCAAGCUGCCAUUGACGAGGAGAUACAAAAGUUGUCACAGGCAGGCUUCAUCAGAAGAGUAGAGUAUUCUGAAUGGGUGUCCAACCCUGUGCUCGUCAAAAAGCCAAAUGGCAAGUGGAGGAUGUGUAUUGAUUUCACCAACCUCAAUGAUGCGUGCCCAAAGGACCCUCAUCCCUUGCCAAACGUUGAGAAGUUGGUGGAGCGGGCAGCUGGGCAUGAACGGAUGAGUUUUCUUGACGCCAGCUCGGGCUAUCACCAGGUUCAGCUGCUGUUGGACGACCAGGAGAAAACAGCUUUCUACGCGGGAGAUGCUAUCUACUGUUAUGUCAUGAUGCCAUUUGGCCUCAAAAAUGCUGGAGCAACAUACCAGAAGCUGGUGCAAAUCAUCUUUAAGCUCCAGAUCGGCAAGAACAUAGAAGUAUAUGUAGAUGACAUGAUAGUCACCAGCGUGCGAGCUGAGAAUCACAUUGGCGACCUGGAUGAAACUUUUCAGAAUUUGCGCCGAGCACAAAUGAAGCUGAAUCCCUUGAAAUGCACAUUUGCCGUAGAGUCGGGAAAAUUCCUAGGAUAUGUCGUAUCCAAGAAAGGAAUUGAGGUAAAUCCGGAAAAGGUUGAGGCCGUUCAGCAGAUGGAGCCACCCAAAACCGUCAAAGACGUGCAGCGUUUAACAGGCCGUGUUGCUGCGCUGCACAGGUUUGUAGCCAGAUCGGCAGAAAAAUGCCUCCCGUUUUUCAAAGCUCUUCGGGAGCCUAAGAACUUCCAGUGGACUACUGAAUGUCAACAAGCAUUUGACGAGCUCAAACGGUAUUUGGCAUCCGCACCCCUGCUGUCCAAGCCUGUCGAGGGAGAGUGUUUGUAUCUUUAUCUGGGGGUAACGGAGGAAGCAGUGAGUUCAGUACUACUGAGGGAAGAAAACAAACAUCAGAAGCCUAUCUGCUACGUGAGUAAGGUGUUACAAGGUGCCGAGCAGAACUACCCACUAGCACAAAAAGCUGCUUUUGCCUUGGUUUCCACAGCUCGUAAGUUGAGAGCCUACUUCCAAUCACACCAGAUUGUUGUGUAUACUGAUUUCCCGCUAAGGAAAAUACUACAGAAGCCAGAGCUCUCUGGUCGGCUCAUCGGAUGGAGUGUCGAGCUGAGCGAAUAUGACCUUGAGUUUCAGCCGCGCACGACUAUAAAAGGCCAAGCUGUGGCAGACUUCCUAGUUGAAUGUGCCCCGACGGCUGUGAAAGAAAAGGCACCUGAACACCCACUUUGGGUUUUGUAUGUGGAUGGAGCUACUAAUGUCGAAGGAUCUGGUGCUGGAGCUGUAUUACUAAGCCCUGAUGGUUUCAGGUCUGAGCAUGCGCUGAGGUUUAAGUUUCAGACGACCAAUAAUGCUGCAGAAUAUGAGGCCCUCAUAUAUGGAUUGAAGCUGGCGGCCGAGCUGAAGGUACAAAGCAUUCAGGUCUUUAGCGACUCUCAGCUCGUCGUCCUCCAGGUGAAUGGCAGUUGCGACAUAAGGGAUCCUCAGCUCGGUCGCUAUGCUUCUGUGGUCAACAGAUUGAAGUCCAGGUUCGCUUCAUUUCAAAUUGACAAAAUACCGCGAGCAGAUAACCAGCGAGCUGACGAGCUGUCAAAGUUGGCUUCUUCGCAGGACAUUAACCCUCAAAGAUCGACAAUCGUCGAGGUGCUUGACGCACCAAGCUACACUGAUUUCACAGUCGAGUGCCAAUUAUUAAGUACAGACCCCUCUACACCGACCUGGACCACCCCGCUUAUGAAUUAUCUACAAAGUGGCGAGCUACCCCAAGACCAGUCCGCCGCAAAGGUGAUUAAACGCAGGGCGGCACAUUUCACUGUGUUAGAUAACCAGCUCUACAAGCGAGCAGCCUCAAUGCCCCUAUUACGCUGCCUUACUCCUUACGAGGCUGAAUACGCCGUGAGAGAAGUUCACGAGGGAGUAUGUGGCACGCACAUCGGUGGCAGAACUUUGGCUCGGAAAUUGCUGAGGCAUGGUAUCCGAGCUCGUUCUACAGUUUAUUCUAACCUAGUAACUGCCUAUGAACUGAGCAUAAGUACCUCUCUUCGAACAGGGGAAAUGCUAUCAUCUCUUACGUCUCCCUGGCCUUUUGCUCAAUGGGGCGUCGACCUGCUCGGUCCAUUCGUCAAAGGCAAAGGAGGCUGCAUUUUCCUGGUCGUUGCGGUGGAUUACUUCACCAAGUGGAUAGAGGCUAAACCAUUAUCCACGACAACAGAAAGGAAAAUCGAAGAAUUCUUGUUCAAUUCCAUAUUGUGCAGGUAUUCUUUAGUGACUUAGAUCACAAAUAAAAUACAGGCAAACACAGUCA